CACCAUUUCAAUUCUCUUCUCUUUCUCUCCAAACAAUAAUUCCCCUCUUCACUCUCCUCCUCCGCCGCCGGCCGCCAUGGCUUCACUCGAAAUAGAGUUAGAACAAGACAGUACUACUACUCAGAAACCCAUCCCCGACGACGAAAUUUCUCCAAUCGAACAAGUUCGUCUCACCGUUUCCAAUGAAGAUGAUCCUUCCAUUCCCGUCUGGACCUUCCGAAUGUGGUUUCUAGGUUUACUUUCCUGUAUGAUCCUUUCCUUUCUCAACACCUUCUUCGGUUACCGUACAGAGCCGCUCGUCAUUUCAAUGAUCUCUGUUCAAGUCGCCACACUCCCGAUCGGACGGUUCAUGGCCAAUGUUCUUCCUACGACGACGUUUCGGAUCCCUGGAUUUGGAGAUAGAAAUUUCUCGCUUAAUCCAGGGCCGUUUAAUAUUAAAGAACAUGUGUUGAUUUCGAUUUUUGCUAAUGCUGGUUCUGCUUUUGGUAAUGGAGCUGCUUAUGCAAUUGGAAUUGUGGAUAUUGUUAUGGCGUUUUAUCAUCGGAAAAUCUCGUUCUUAGCUGGUUGGAUUCUUGUUAUUACGACGCAGGUUAUGGGAUAUGGUUGGGCGGGUAUAUUGAGGAAAUACGUUGUGGAUCCUGCGGAAAUGUGGUGGCCGAGUAGUCUAGUGCAGGUCUCUUUGUUCAGAGCGAUGCAUGAAAAAGAUGAAAGUCGAAUGUCAAGAGGGAAAUUUUUCUUGAUAACCUUAAUAUGUAGCUUCUCAUGGUACGUAUUUCCUGGCUAUCUAUUCCCAACUCUAUCGACCAUUUCAUGGGUUUGUUGGAUUUAUCCACGGUCAGUCACAGCCCAGCAACUCGGGUCGGGGAUGCGAGGCCUCGGACUCGGUUCCUUCUCUCUCGACUGGUCCGUCAUCGCGUCCUAUCUCUACAGCCCUCUUAUCAGCCCCUUCUUCGCCACUGUCAAUGUUGCUGUUGGCUACAUUGUUAUUAUGUACAUUAUGCUACCAAUUGCUUACUGGAAAACCAAUGUGUACAAUGCCCAAAACUUCCCUAUCUUCUCCUCUCAUCUUUAUGAUGCAAAAGGUCAGAUUUAUAAUGUUUCCGCCAUUGUUAAUGACAAGUUUGAGAUUGAUAUGGGUGCAUAUGAGAAGCAAGGGAGGAUCAAUCUCAGUGUGUUCUUUUCACUCUCUUAUGGAAUUGGUUUUGCGGCUAUCAUUUCUACACUCUCUCAUGUUGCGCUCUUCAACGGAAAGGAAAUAUAUCAACAGUUCCGAGCUUCUUACAGCGGCAAAGAAGAUAUUCAUACAAAAUUAAUGAAGAAGUACAAGGAUAUACCCAGUUGGUGGUUCCAUUUGCUUCUUCUUUUAUCUAUUAUUUUGUCUCUUGCUUUGUGCAUUUUCAUGAAAGAUGAGAUUCAAAUGCCAUGGUGGGGACUCAUAUUUGCUGCUUUUCUUGCUUUGACUUUUACCCUUCCAAUCAGCAUCAUUACUGCCACUACAAAUCAGUCCCCAGGUCUCAACAUUAUAACAGAGUACUUGAUGGGUAUUAUAUUGCCAGGAAGACCAAUAGCCAAUGUGUGCUUCAAGACCUAUGGAUAUAUAAGCAUGACUCAGGCAGUCUCAUUUCUCAAUGAUUUCAAGCUUGGUCAUUACAUGAAGAUACCCCCAAUUUCCAUGUUCAUUGUUCAGUGCAUAGGAACACUCAUAGCUGGAACAGUAAAUAUCGCAGUUGCCUGGUGGCUACUAACCUCCAUAGAAAACAUUUGUCAAGACCAACUCCUUCCUCCCAACAGCCCGUGGACCUGCCCGGGUGAUCGAGUUUUCUUCGACGCUUCCGUAAUUUGGGGUCUCGUCGGCCCUAAACGAAUCUUCGGUUCUCUCGGUAACUACGCCGCCCUCAACUGGUUCUUCGUCGGCGGUGCGAUUGGCCCUCUCUUAGUUUGGCUUCUUCAAAAGGCUUUCCCUAAUCACAAAUGGAUUUCUCUCAUUAACCUCCCUGUCCUCCUCGGCUCCACCGCCAUCAUGCCGCCGGCUACCGCCGUCAAUUUCAAUUGCUGGAUUAUCGUUGGCACAAUCUUCAAUUUCUUCGUUUUCAGGUACCGGAAAGAGUGGUGGCAGAGAUAUAACUAUGUUUUGUCGGCGGCGUUGGAUGCUGGAUUGGCUUUCAUGGGAGUGCUUCUGUAUUUUACUUUGACUAUGGAAGAUAAAGGCUUGACGUGGUGGGGAUCCGAUGGUGAACAUUGUGAUUUGGCUAAUUGUCCCACCGCUAAAGGUAUUGUUGUUGAUGGUUGCCCUGUUUUCUGA